CACCGAUCGGUGGUUUUCGUAUAAAUACUGGACCUUUCGGUGAUGCAAACGUCAGACACAACUCAGUGGUCGAAGUCAAAGAACUAAAUUCAAAAUGCGUGCAUUCAUUGUUAUGUGCUUGGUGGCAGUCGCCUGCGCCGAUAAGCUCGGCUACAACUACCAGCCCGUGGGACACUCCAACUCCGGCCUGUCCUUCGCUCCUGGUAGCGGAAGCAUUGGCGGUGGCAGCAUCGGCGGUGGCAGCAUCGGCGGUGGCAGCAUCGGCGGCGGCAGCAUUGGCGGUGGCAGCAUUGGCGGCGGCAGCAUUGGCGGCGGCAGCAUUGGAGGUGGACUUGGAGGACUUGGAGGAAUUGGAGGUGGUCUCGGAGGUGGCAGCAUUGGUGGCGGAUCCCUGGGCGGUGGCAGCAUCGGUGGUGGCAGCCUCGGUGGUCUGGGCGGCCUUGGUGGCCAGUCCGGCGAUUCUCUCAGCGCUCCCGUCUCCUACAACGCCCCUGCCCCAGCUGCCGAGCUUGAGAAGGAGUUCUUCACUUUCAGCGCCAACGAACAGGACUUCGAUGAGCCCCAAGCUUUGGAACGCGUCUCUAGCUCUUUGAACAAGGCUCUGCGCGUCGUCUUCAUCAAGGGACCCGAGAACCGUGGUCUGGAGAACGCUGCCCUGGCCCUGGCCAAGCAGGCUGCCCAGCAGGAGACCGCCAUCUAUGUCCUGAACAAGCAGGCCGAUAUCGGAGAUCUGGCCAACAAGCUGAAUGCCAUCCGCAGCAACAACAACAACAAGCCCGAGGUGCACUUCGUCAAGUACCGCACUCCCGAGGACGCUGCCAACGCCCAGCGCGCCAUCCAGGGUCAGUACGAUCAGCUCGGUGGAUCUUCCCAGGCUCACAACGGUGGUGUUGCUCCCGUCCUGAACUUCGCCUCGGCGGGACCAGUUCGUCAGGCUACCGCCCAGAACCCCGACAACUCCUACCUGCCCAGCUCCGUCUUCCGUCGCGUCUAAGUUGCUCGUUUGAUUCUGAAAUUCUGAAUCGAAAACGCCAGCGAUCUUUGACUGAUUUUAAAUCCUAGUUAUUGUUGACUAAUGAAUAAAUAAAUUCCAAUUUUUACAUUUAAAAA